GCACUCGGUCGGUGCUGGCGCAAGCGUAUAAGUAAUGAGAAUGACUCAUAAACGUCACCUGCUCCAAUCGCCAGGUGUAAAAAAGUUGUAAAGAUUCUGGAGCCUUGUCUGUAACUUUUUUCCUGUUCUCAUUUCCUAACCCGUUGUUUUAUGUUCAACAAGUUGGCAAUGCUUCGACGUACGUUGGAGCAGCUGAUUACAUGUCGGAUGUUAUUGGGUGUCUUCAAAAUUCGACGCGCUUCUUGAUCUAACGUAUGUUAAAUAAUAAUGGUGUGGAAAAGCUGCUGCCCUUUAAUUACAUAGAAAAUGAGUAACACGUUUGGAUGGAAGCAACAAAUUGCGUCAUUUCUAGUGUUUAUAUCAUGUCUUGUAUUCGUUGGCAGUUCCGAUUUUGAACAGCUGACCUUUUGCGGGCCAACUUCGGAAAAGCCAAUUCGCAGUUUGGUAUUUGUGAGUACUCUGGAUGGAAAAGUAUCUGCAUUGGAUGCAGCUCAUCAAGGAGAAAAACAAUGGACUUUAGAUUUUGAUGAUGGACCUAUGUUAUCAUCGAGUAUCCAUCGAAGAGAACUUAACAAUAAUGGACAAUGGGUGAAACUAAUCCCAUCGUUAAAUGGUGGCCUGUAUAAAUUUGAUGGGGAGCAUUUAGAAGGCAUUCCAGUAUCUACGGAACAUCUCCUCAGAUCUUCCUUUCGUUAUUCGGAUGAUUUAGUGUUUUCUGGUGGCAAAGAAACACGCUCAUAUGGAGUAUCAGCAACAACAGGAAAAAUAUUAUACCAAUGUAAUAUCAGUGGUUGUACUAAUAAAACCAAUGACAAUUAUAACGAUGAAGAAGUACUCGUUAUUCAACGUCUCCAGCAAACUGUACGAGCCGUUGAACCGCGUACUGGUGCUGAAAGGUGGAAUUUUAGUGUGGGACAGCAUGAUCUAACUCUUCUCCCAGCAGAAACAGCCGAUUGCCAUGAUACAGCAGCAAACCCAUCACAAAAGAAUAUUGUGGACAUAGAACUGAAAGUCAUUGUACCAGAGGGCCUAGUUUGGGCCAUAAAUAAAAGCAAUCCCAAUGUAAAAUUAUGGCAAUACAAGUUUGAUUCACCAAUCGUCACUGUGUGGAGGAAGGAGAAUACGCCAACUUCAAAAAGUGAAAAGGGUCUGGAAGAAGUAAAUUUAUUUGAUGGCUCACAAUGGGAAUGGGGUUCUGAUUUUUCGUCAAGUCCCAGCAUAUAUUUAGGAAUGCACGAAAAACAAUUGUACGUCCAAGAGAAUGAAGCAUUCUCUAAAGCUUUAAGCCAGAGCCCGCAAAAGCAACUGCAAUAUCCAAAGAUUCCAUGGCAACCCUAUCCUGCUAUAAGUACUGCAGUGUCAAUGACGGUUAAAAAUGUAGUUCAGGGUGAAAACAACAGUGAAAUGCACUCAGAAAUAAGCGAGAGUCAAAGUACAACAGCACUUUCAGUACUGUAUAAUUCAGAAUACAUAAACGGAAAUGGCUUUUAUCUAUAUUCCAAGGGCCAACAAAGCUGGAAUAUUACUAACCAGUGUAAUGAAAGUGAUCCAGUAAUAAUUGUAGAGAAUGUUGAGCUACCAUCUUUGACUGAAUAUAUGAAUGACGAAGAGGAGACUCCAGUGAAAAUAAUUAUUGUUUCACUUUGGUACUGGUGGAAGGAAGUGGUAAUAAUAUCUAUUACUACAGCAUUUCUCUUAAAUUUUUUGCUGACACAACGUCUCCUGAACGCAACGACAAUUGUUAAGGACGCAGUGAUGCCGCCUUUGAUUGUGGAAAGGCACGUCGAGGCAAAAGAGGAGGAUCACAAAGCUUUCCAGGAUGUUGGAAAUGGGGUAGAUUUCUAUUCGCGUUACCUGACGGAUUUCGAACAAAUUGAUUGUCUUGGAAAAGGUGGCUAUGGAAUUGUGUUUGAGGCAAGAAACAAAAUAGAUGAUUGUAAUUACGCCAUUAAAAGAAUUGCCUUGCCAAACAGUCGAGACUCAAGGGAACGCGUAAUGAGAGAGGUAAAAGCUCUGGCUAAAUUGGAUCACCACAAUAUAGUGCGUUACUUCAAUGCCUGGCUGGAAUGCCCACCAGCAGGGUGGCAGGAAAAUCACGAUCUCCUGUGGAAGAACAAACAGGAAUUCACGUCGGAAACAUCACACAGUCUUACAAACACCAAACCGAGGAAUUCGGUGUGCAUUGAUGUACCACAGAGUGAUGCAUCCUCUGUAGAUAGUGCUUUUGAUGCUUUCGAAUUGAAUCAAACUACCAAGGAUGAUGAUUCCUUUAUUGUAUUUGAUACGGAUCCUGAAGGAAUCAGAGGACAUGAUCGAGUUAUAAAUUUCAGUGACGACAACAGUGUUUCUAGUACUGAUAUUUCUAUUUCGAUUGGUGCUGCUAGUAUUAAACCAUCUUCGAAGCAGAAGAUGAAUCACUCUGAGUCGAUAGUCUUUCAAAAUAGCAUUACUUCCAAUAAAGAAAAAUCUAAGGAAAGUAUUGCUGAUAAAAAGUCUAAACUAGCUCUGGAUUUAGAAGGUACUGGUGUUCGAAAAACGACGAAAAUGUUCCUAUACAUUCAAAUGCAACUGUGCCAAAGAUUGAGUUUGCGUGAAUGGCUGAAGAGACAAGAUAGACCUAGAAAUUCUAAAAGAAUUUGUAAUAUAUUUCAACAAAUAGUCGAUGCUGUGGAAUACGUUCAUCUGCAGGGUCUUAUCCAUCGUGACCUCAAGCCAUCGAAUAUUUUCUUUGCCUAUGACGAGAAAAUAAAAAUAGGUGACUUUGGUCUAGUCACUGCAAUGACAGAAGGCUUUGACGAAGCACGAACUCCUAGUGAACAAGAGGACAUGAUGAAUCUAAAGACUGGUCUGCAUACUGCAUGUGUUGGUACUCACCUGUAUAUGUCGCCAGAACAGAUGAACGGCCAAGUUUAUAAUUAUAAAGUAGAUAUUUAUUCACUUGGAAUUAUCCUAUUUGAGCUUCUCACACCAUUCACAACAGAAAUGGAAAGAGUGGUUGCUUUAAUGAAUUUAAGGAAAGCUGUGUUCCCUAAGGAUUUUGCUACUCAUUAUCCAGCAGAGUUUGACUUGCUGAAGAUGAUGCUUGACGAGAACCCUAACAAAAGACCCACAACUCUGGGAAUAAAGGCACGACCGCCAUUAUGCAAUUCUAGCUCACAAAAUGACCUGAGUGCCAACGAGGGAAAUAAAUGGCACUUCGAAUUGCCACAAUUGAGCAGACAUUCCUCUGUAACAAGUAGUGGUAGCAGUGAAUCAUGGGAGAAUAUUAGUUAGAUAAGCAGAAUACAUAGAGCAAAUGUAAACAGGAAUAUUGUACAUAAAAAUGGAAGAGAAAGAGGGUGUUCAUGGACUGUACACGAUGUUGUUCAUGCAAAUAACAUAUUAUAAGACUUUGAAGCUGUAUAUCGAUUGUAUCAAUGAUGAAUCUUAACUGUAAUGCCAUAUUUUUUAGAAGUCUACAUUAGAAAUAUGUUAAUCAAAUAUUGCCUUGGCAGCCACUGGGUAUGAAUUGACAAAAUUAUUUUUCUCUAUCUAUAGUUGGCUAUUACUUUGCAAAGAGGUGAAUGUUACAAAAGUACGAUCGUUAAUCAAUUUUGCGCUAUUAAAAAACGUGAAAAAUAUAUUUCUUUUAUUUGUA